UCCGAUUUGUUUCGUAGGCUUUUUGAGGCUUGUUUAUCGUUCCGUGUAGGCGGCAGCAUCCGUGGAACAUAAAUUUGUAAAUAAGUAAUUGUUAGUGUUUGUAAACAAGUUUCUUCGAUUUGCAAAGCUUCCAAAAUCUCCAAGGAACGCGGAAGUAUUUUAGUCCAGGAAGCCAACAAGAUAGCUUUGUGAAAGACACUAUCAUCAACAAACAUGGAUGACAGUAGUGGUGUAUUAGUUUGUGCUUCAGAAUUUAUUAAAGAUCGCCUCUACUUUGUAACACUACAGUCAUGUACCAAACCCAGAUCGACCGAAAACACCCAUUACUUUUCAAUUGAUGAUGAACUUAUUUAUGAAAAUUUCUUUGCUGACUUUGGUCCUUACAAUUUGGCAAUGCUCUAUAGAUACUGCCAAAAAUUAAACAAGAAACUGCAGAGCAUUCCAUCAAAGAAGAAAAUUGUGCAUUUCACGUCCACUGAACCUCAAAAGAGAGUGAAUGCAGCAUACCUGAUUGGUUCUUUCUCAAUCAUUUAUCUGAAAAGAACACCUGAUGAAGCAUAUGUGGAGUUAACGAGUGGGUCAAGUCCACCAUUCAUAUCAUUCAGGGAUGCCUCAUUAGGUGCUCCUUUGUACAGUGUCACUCUUAUGGACUGUCUUCGUGGUGUCUAUGAAACACACAAGCGUCAAUUUUUCAAUUUUGAUGAUUUUGAUGUGAAGGAAUACGAACAUUACGAGAGAGUGAAGAAUGGAGAUUUCAACUGGAUAGUGCCACAAAAAUUCAUAGCAUUUUGUGGCCCACAUGCCAAAAGCAAGAUUGAAGAUGGUUAUUUUAUACAUUCACCAUCAUCAUACUUCACUUACUUUAGAAAACACAAUGUGACUACAAUUAUCAGACUAAAUAAAAAGCUGUAUGAUGCUAAUGAUUUCAAUAAUGCUGGAUUUGAUCACAAAGACUUGUUCUUUGUGGAUGGAAGUGUUCCAAGUGAUCAAAUCUUAAACCAGUUCUUAACUAUUGUUGAGAAUGCCAAAGGAGCAGUUGCUGUGCAUUGCAAGGCUGGACUUGGGCGAACUGGAUCUCUCAUUGGAUGCUAUAUUAUGAAACACUACGGAUUAAGUGCGAGAGAGACUAUUGCAUGGAUUAGAUUGUGUAGACCAGGUUCUAUAAUAGGUCACCAGCAACAGUGGUUAGAAGAGAAACAGUCUAAAAUGUGGACACAGGGUGAUUUGUACCGACGUGAGCAUGGCCCUACUCCUUUACCCUCCUAUCCUGUGUACAGUUUGAAAUUGAAGGAACUGAAUGAGAGGGCAUUUGAACACAGAAACCAAGAAGUUUGUGACAACCGAAGUGCAUCCCUCAACAAGGCAAAUGAAGACAACAAAGUUGACAAUGUACUUCGUAUUCUGAAGAGGGUUGAUACUAUGAAGUUGGAUGACCAGACUGACGAGAACAAAAACAGUGAUUUUAAUACUACAACUAGCACCACUAGAGUACCAGUUUCCAAUAACAUAUUGAAGAUAACUCAAGGUGACACGCUGAAUCACAUCAAGGCCCAGCGUCAGUUAAAUCACAGCAGGUCACUCUCCAUGGCAACACCCUCUCUGUUGUUUGGAAGUGGUAGACCACACACUCGUGCCAUGAGUCAAACAUUUCGUAAUGACUCUUCUCAGUCAAAUUCUCAACUUGCUGCUGUGUCCCCAAUCAAGGCCCCCAAAUCACUAUCAUCUUUAGGGAUCUCUUGUGAGGGAGUGAAACGUACAACCCGAACAAUUGCUGCGACAAGCACUACUAAAAGAACUUUGCCUUUGAACUCCUUGUAUGGAAGUUCACGGCCUCUCAACACCAAUAGGAGUGCCGUGACUCAGUCUCUCUCCAUGCAUACUGUGCGAUCUCAGUCGUCUCCCACAUCGCGCUGUGCAAGUUCUCUAUCAUCAGCAUCUACUCUCAUAAAUCAUCAGGCUCCGUCAGGUCUCCUGGGCUCUGACAAACUAUCACGGUUUGGAGCUCUUCGUCACACCCAAAGAAGGACACUAAGAAGGACUCAAAAAUCCACAUAUGUUAGAUGACUAACAGUUUCGCCAUCAGCCUCUCAACCUGCACCGCAUACUAGGCACUGCCUGAAUGAGGUCAUUGGAAAAGUAAAUGCAAGGCGGGAGUUCAGUACAAGGCGGGAGACAGGAGGCACUGAUGGCAAUGAAACCAUUGCAGACCGUGUUGCCUGGAGGCGGCGCAAAAGAGAUACUACUCUGUUCCAAACUUGUUGCAAGAUUUUUGGACAGAAAAAGAAAAAAAGCUUUUAAGAAAAUAACUAUUUGUUUAAUCACUGAAACCAAGCUUUAGUUGUUAAAUCUGGUUAAAUCUCACAUCACAACUAAUCUAAUGACUGUACAACAAUAUAAUUGGAUUUCAGCCUCACCUUACUUUACACUCUCUGUUCAUGGAAGUGUACAAGGAUCUCAAUUUUGAAUGCAAGUCUGAUUUUUAACAUUGCUUCACUUAAACAGCUAAAGUGAAGUUGGGAGUGGUUAUCAGGUCCACAAUGUUCAAAAUUCAACCCAAGUUCUUAAAUUUUUAUUUGUUAUGGUUUUAAAAUAUUUUAAUAUCUUAAACUGUACUGAAUUCUUUCAAGCAUUUCAGAAAAAAUUGAAUUGCUUUGUUGAAUGUAUGUGUUUUGUUAUGAAUGAAUGGUUCUAUAGUUAAUGAUAAUGCUUUGUUGUGUAUUCACAUUGUCUAUUCAUGUUCUGCACAGUGCUGCGAUAUAACUCAGAGUAGCACCUUUUACUAACUAUAUUAUAUGUAGGUAUGUGUUUUUGCAAAGUAUAUUUGUUGGAAGCAUUUAAUAUGUAUUUAAAUCGUACCUUUUAAGAAUACUAUAUUUUUAAACCAAUGACUGGUAUGUGGUAUUUGUUAGUUGAUGAUCUAUGUACAUAUGUGUAUAUAACUUUUCACACCCUUGUACUCCACCCAUAUUGGUGUUGUAUGCAAAGUUUUCAUCUUUUAAAACAUUUUAAAAGUAGUUUAUCAUUGGCAAAUUCUAUUGCUUAUCUGUUACAGGAGUAUCUAAAAAAAACUUGAGUCACAAGGACAUGUACAUUUAAACAAUUUUAUUGCUUGUGUUAAAAACAAAUACUUUUAGGUUCAACACUUGACCAAAAAGGACUGUUUUCUUUUAAAGUACUAUAAUUGACAUCUCAUGAGUUGUAGAUUGUGAGGAUGGUGUGUAUUUGUGAAACAUGUGCAAAUUGAUCUAAAUCAUCACUUUAUUUACAUGCUGUUCGCCUGUUUUAUAUAAGUAUCAUUAUCUUGUUUUGAUGGUGUUGAGUGAGGACAAAUCAGCAGUUCAAGUAUAACUUGUUUUAGCUGUUAACUGUCAUUUUCACUAAGUGAGACUGGUAUCUUUUAUGUAUUACUAAUUUUUAAUCCAGUAUGUUACACGAUUACAGUUUUGUUAAUACCUCAAACUUGUGAAGUUUGAUUGCAUGGGGUAUUUGCAGGAGGAAAAUGAAUCAUCAUCCGAUUUCAUCAACUUUUAAUGUAGAUUUUUUCAAUCCGUAUUUACUGUGUAUCAUGCUCAGUUAUUUUUAAAAAUGGAUAUUAUUUUACAAGUGAAAUCAAAAUUUUGUCAUGUUUGAAAGAUAUAUGUUCUAUAUACAUAUUAGCUUUAGUUUCUAAGAAAAUUGUUGUUGUUUUGUAAAGCCUUAUCAUUUAUAUUGAUUAUUGUACUCUGUUAAUUCUUCCUCAUAGUCGCUAGUGACUGAAAUUCGUUCAGCAUUUGCCUUGCCAUCCCUGAAGAUCCCCUAUGUUUAAUGCACAGCUUUGAAAAAAUGAAAAAAAAAAAAUGCCAAAGCUUCAUAGAUAUAAUCAUUAAUUUGCAAAAUACCCUGGGAUUUGGUACACAUCUUGUAAUCAAGUAGGAUUGAAUUUUUAAGCUUUUUUUGGCAGAGAGUUUGUAUCAGGACAAGACCGUGAGGGUCUUUCGAGUAUUUUACCAGCUUUGUACCUGCUGUAUAACUGCUAUAAUUAAAAAUGGCUUCCUCACAAA